AUGGCCAAGGAAGCCAUCCGGGUGUACGCGCGGGUGAAGCCGCUGGGCAGGCGGCAGCCGGCGGGGAUUUAUUCAGUUGAUGAUUAUGAGAAAUCCCUGUCUGCUCUGGAGAUUACUGUGCCACAUGAUUUAGCAGAGGGGUUCGUCAAUAAUAAACAGGAGAGCUAUAAGUUCAAAUUUCAGAAAAUUUUUGAUCAAGAGGCAAAGCAAGAUGUGGUUUUUGACAGCGUUGCCAAGCCAGUAGCAGAAUGUGUUUUGGCAGGAUAUAAUGGUACUAUCUUUGCAUAUGGUCAGACAGGUAGUGGCAAAACUUUUACCAUCACAGGAGGAGCAGAACGUUACAGCGAUAGAGGCAUCAUUCCCAGGACUCUAUCUUAUAUUUUUGGUCAAUUGCAGAAGGAUAGCAGUAAAGUGUAUACAACUCAUGUUUCCUACUUAGAAAUCUACAAUGAAUGUGGUUAUGAUUUGCUGGUCCAAAGAGACAAGGCCUCCAGUCUGGAAGAUUUACCAAAAGUGACAAUAAUGGAAGACGCAGAUCAGAACAUUCAUCUGAAAAACUUGUCUCUUCAGCGAGCCACUAAUGAGGAGGAAGCCUUAAACUUGCUCUUCUUGGGAGACACCAACAGAAUGAUUGCUGAGACGCCAAUGAAUGAAGCUUCAACCCGAUCUCACUGCAUUUUCACUAUUCACAUCUCCAGCAAGGAAACCGGAUCUGCAACUAUUCGACGCUCCAAGUUGCACCUGGUAGACCUUGCUGGAUCAGAACGUGUUGCAAAGACUGGAGUUGGAGGUCACUUAUUGACAGAAGCCAAAUAUAUCAAUGUGUCAUUGCAUUAUUUGGAACAGGUAAUGAUUGCCCUUGCAGAGAAAAAUCGGUCCCACAUUCCUUACCGAAACUGUAUGAUGACCUCAGUGCUAAGAGACAGCCUGGGAGGAAACUGCAUGACUACCAUGAUAGCAACGCUCUCUAUGGAUAAAAGAAACAUAGAUGAGUCUAUAUCAACCUGCAGAUUUGCACAGCGAGUUGCUCUUAUUAAGAAUGAAGUUGUUAUUAAUGAAGAAAUUGACCCCACAUUGAUGAUUGUCCAACUGAAAAAGGAGAUCCAGGAGUUGAAGGAUGAGCUGGCGCUGGUGACUGGCAAGCAAAGAACUUCAGAGCUUUCACAAGAAGAGCUACUUCAGUUGGAUGAGUUAAUUGAAACAUUUCUUGAAGAUAAUGAUCCUGAUAGCACCCUGGAUGUUGGUGCUGACAUGCGCAAGAUCAAGUAUUGCUUCAUUCGUGUAAAGCAGCUAAAGAUUUCUGAUAAAAAACUGCUCUCACAGAACAUCUCUGAAGAAACAGUUGCUAACAAAGAAGCAGAACUGAAAAACUUGAAAGAACUUCUGCAGCAAAGAGACAAUGAAAUCGUUAUUCUGGUAAAUAUGCUAAAAGAAGAAAAAAAGAAAGCAGAAGAUGCUCUUUUCCAGCUUGCUGCUGCCUCUGCUGGCUCUAUAGUCUCCGAAAAGCCUCUUUCUAUAAAGCUGGAAGAAAGUCAAAGCCGAUCUACCAGUAUUAGUCCGAAAGAGGCAAAAGAUUUCAUCUCUUCAGUUCACAGACUACCUUUCUUUUCCAGACAAACAGGAGGAAGGAUGUCACCUGGAUGUCAGGAAGCUUUCAAAAUUUUCAAGCAAGACCAUGCUGACAACAGAGCCAUUGAGGACAACAAAGAGAUUCUGAAACAGAGGUUUGCUGAAGCUAAAUGCCUUGGAGAUAAAUUAAAUGAAGUGAGAAAUAAGAUAAACCAUCUGAAAGGAGCAAUAACGCAGAGGCGGAUUCAGAGAGCAGCUCUAGCUGUUUCCAGUCCUUCUGAAGAGCUAAAUAUGCUUGAUCCAGUAGAAGAGAAACUUCGGAUGCAAAUUGAAGAAGAAAAAAAUAGUUAUAAAACAAUGUUCAAUCGCUUGAAAGUUCUGAAAGUAGAGAUUAAGCACCUGCAGUUUCUUGUGGAAAAAGUCACGAUGAAGAUGCAAAAAGACUUUGAAGUCUGGUGGUCUGAAGAGGCAGCACAUCUACAGCAGGAAAAGCCAGAGAUGGUUAGCUCACCAAAUAGCGCAGCUGUUUAUCCUCAGUUUAUAAAAUCCUCACAACGUCGAACUAGCAGUUUUUCAGAGACCAUGAGAGUCGGCCUUAGUGAAGAUCCAGCUGACCCUACCUUAAAAACAAGGACCCUACCAAGUUCAUCUAUUCCUCUGACUGGAGACAGCCAGGCUGAUGCUGACAUCCUAGCUUUCAUUAAGGCAAGACAGAACAUCCUGCAAAAGAAAGGCUUGGGGAACAAAUGAAAUUAUUGUUGCCAUCCACUAUUUCCUUUUAGAAACAGUUAAAGACCUUUAUUCUUUCGCUUCCUCUUCUGUUUAGAAACAGGUAUGAGUAAGUACUUUAGACAUGCAGUUUUAAUUGUUAAACAUAUAUAAAUUAUUUGUCUUUGACAGCAAAUUCCCUUUAUCUGGGGAAUGAUAUUUGAGUAUUUGCACUCAGUAUCUUUUAUUGCAUUAAGAUUAGACAAAACUAAAACAACCAAUUGGGAGUUUGCCAAAUAUGUUUGUUUGUUGAGAAUUCAUUGUAUGUUUUCUAAAUGUUAAAAUUAUCUAAUGUGUUAAUGCUCUUCUACAUCUUUAAUCUGAGAAACACUUAUUACCACCAAUGGUAGUUUUGUUUGCAUUGAUUUGCAUAAAGCUUUAUUAACUACAUCUAGUUGGCAUUCAGAAAUGUCUGUGCAAAAAUAUUACUUAUAUAUAUUACAAAAUUCUGUAAUGUUUCAUUUCAGACCUUUUGCUGAUUUCUUCCCCACAAGGAGUAAUAGUUUUUGUAUCAGAUUAUUAGAAAACUGAGAUCACACUAUAAUAUGAAAAUAAUUUUUUAUUAGAAAGUUAGAGAGUUAAACAUUUCCCAGCAGUUUUUCAUUUGAGUACAUUAAAUGUUGUGCAAAAUAUACACACUCCCAGAAUAUACAGUUUUCAGAACAGUGACACUUCAUAGUAUUAAAGUGGGGCAAAUAUUUGUAAAACAAAUUAAAUGU